GCAGUUGUCCAAAUUAAAAGCUACUGGUGCUGCUGCUCCUCCUCUUUAUAACUAACAUGGAUUCGUCGCCAUUAUAUAUAAAUUCGGCGCCACCAAACAGCAACGGAUAGAUCCACAGUGCCCAGGCCUGAUUGCUCUUCCUCUCAAGGAAUCCCCACGAAAUCACGUACCCCUCUCUCUCUCUCUCUCUUCCCCUACUCUCAUCUCAUAGACAUCUCUAAUCAAGCCACCCUCCCUCCCUAGCAAUUCACGCCACCUUCUCAUCUCUCAUUUCUUGUUCUUCUCGAUAUCACUGCUACAGCAAUUGCUUCCCAAUCAUAAUCAGCAGCAAAAGUAGCUGGGAGGGUAAGAAUGGCUGAGAAUAAAUCAUGGGUUCUGAUGGUGACUGCCCAGACGCCCACCAAUAUAGCCGUCAUCAAGUACUGGGGGAAGAGGGACGAGUCCUUGAUCCUCCCCAUCAAUGACAGCAUCAGCGUCACCCUUGAUCCUUCCCACCUCUGCACCACCACCACCGUCGCCGUCAGCCCCGACUUCACCCACGACCGCAUGUGGCUCAAUGGCAAAGAAAUAUCACUCUCCGGAGGCAGAUAUCAAAAUUGUUUGAGGGAAAUUCGAUCUCGAGCUAGUGACGUCGAGGAUGAGAAGAAGGGUAUCAAAAUUGCAAAAAGAGAUUGGGAAAACCUGCAUUUGCACAUUGCGUCUUACAAUAAUUUCCCUACUGCUGCUGGCUUGGCUUCCUCAGCUGCCGGCUUUGCCUGCCUUGUUUAUUCGCUUGCAAAGUUAAUGAACGUGAAAGAAGAUAAUAGUCAUCUUUCUGCUAUAGCCAGGCAAGGUUCCGGAAGUGCUUGUCGCAGCUUGUAUGGUGGAUUUGUCAAGUGGAUCAUGGGAAAAGAUGACAAUGGAAAUGAUAGCAUUGCCGUUCAGCUUGUGGAUGAGAAACAUUGGGAUGAACUUGUUAUUCUCAUUGCAGUGGUAAGUUCGCGGCAGAAGGAAACUAGUAGCACCAGUGGAAUGCGCGAGACAGUUGAAACAAGUCCUCUUGUACUGCACAGAGCAAAGGAAGUGGUACCUAAACGUGUAGUUGAGAUGGAAGAAGCCGUAAAAAGUCGUAAUUUUCCAGCAUUUGCUCGUCUGACUUGUUCAGACAGUAAUCAGUUCCAUGCCGUCUGUCUGGAUACAAGUCCCCCUAUAUUCUACAUGAAUGACACAUCUCAUAGGAUAAUCAGCUGUGUUGAGAAAUGGAAUCGCUCCGAGGGAACACCUCAGGUGGCUUAUACUUUUGAUGCGGGUCCAAACGCAGUUCUAAUAGCCCGCAACAGGAAAGUUGCAGCCCUUCUGCUUCAAAGACUGCUCUUUCAUUUCCCUCCGCAGUCUGGUGCAGAUCUAAACAGCUAUAUUGUUGGCGAUAAAUCAGUUCUAAUGGAUGCUGGCAUUCAGGACCUGAAAGAUGUGGAAGCAUUGCCUCCACCUCCAGAAAUCAAGGAUAACGUUCCCACCCGAAAAUUCAAAGGAGAUGUAAGCUACUUCAUUUGUACAAGACCUGGUAGAGGUCCAGUUUUGCUUACAGAGGAAAGUCAAGCUCUCCUAAACCCUGAAACUGGCUUGCCCAAGUAAAGGUGUGCUUUUCUAGCUCGGGCUAACUUUCAAGUAUCUGAGCUUGAAGGAUUUCAAUUAUGACGGUCCUUUACAGCAAAGAAGUCACUGCGUAUGAACUUCCCAAGUUGGAGCCAUUUUUUGAAUUGUAGCUGUAAUUUAGAAUUUCCUUCUUGUCAGUCAAUAUUCAUGUACUUGGGAUUUUCCAGCAAGAUAACAAAUAAGAAUUUUGUGAUCUUUUUGAGUCAUUUCUUUGUACCUCAAAAACAAUAAUGUUGCAUGAAUGGAACUCUGGAGGUGCUCGUCUUAAGCUAUCCAUCAAGUGCUCUGGCAGGGUUAUUUUCUCCAGAUUACAUGAUAUGUAAAAUCUGUGUUGUGGCUCUUCUUAAUUAUUAAGAAAGACUUGGGAUCUUGAUUAGAUUCAACAGUUUCAUGUU